UUCGACCAGGUUUAAAUUUGUACCGGUUCGAGUUUGUAGCCGUCUGUUUGAGGUAGAAUUGACCCAUUUUGCGCGAUGCAAAUUUUGCAUUGCGCUCCGGUUUGCGUCCCUCCCCCUCUCGCCCCCUCUUUCGUUUUCGAGUCGUGACUGCCGGCCGUCGGACCCUUGUUGCAGCGGCGCAACGUUCAAGAGAGAUCUCCAUUGGAGUUCAACUGUUCAGAUCCGUGAAGGGCCUCAUUCGUAGCCCUGGUAAGGAAGGAGUAGUGACAGAGUAAUUGGGAGCACAUCGCUGGAAAAACCAUUUUGCUGAGAGGAGUUGAGGAGAGGACAUAGUUUACUUGAAAGGAUAAAUAAGUGCCGAUAGUAGAUAUGGUGUCUGAGAAAGAUGUUGGAAGUUCAUCCACUGCUGGGGAUGACGAGAAGAAAGAGAAAUGGAAAGGAAAAGAGAUUCUUUCUGUGAACGACUCUGGGUUAAAAACUAAAAGGAGCAGGCAACUUAGGUGGACAGAUGCCAUGGAUAAAGCCCUAAUCAAGCUUCUAGUAGAUCAGAUUGCAGUGGGAAAUAUGGUUGACAAGUCAUUUAAGCCCACAGCAUACAGGUCCGUCUGCAGACAUAUGCAGGAAAAAUUUGGUGUUGAGAUGAGGACCGCACAUAUAAAAAGUAGGAUGAGGACACUGAAGCCUGUUUAUAGUGAGGCAAGAAAAUUGCUUGGAAUGAGUGGGUUUAGUUGGAACGAGGCAAAGAAUCAGAUUCAGGCAGAUCCCGGGGUGUGGGAGGAAUACAUAAAGGAACAUCCAAGUGCUGCCAUCGUAAAGGGUCGAGUGAUGGAGAUGUAUGACAUGAUGCAAGUAAUUCUAGGAAAUGAUAAAGCUAGUGAUAUAGCACCAACUGUACCUGAAUUGCUUGAAGAAGAGGAUGAGGAAGGGGAUGAUGAUGGAACUGAUGUUAAGUGUGGGGAUGAGAUAGCCACUCCUAUAACUGUUAAUAAUGUUGACGGUGACAUCAAUGGCUCCCAAACACAUUCAACCACACGGGGUGGGUCAGUAUGGGCAUCUCCAACUAAAAAGAAUGCUCAUAGAACAAAGAAGAGGGGACAGAAUGAAUUCAUUGCUGCUAUAUCUCGGAUGAAUGAAACAAUGUCGAAAAUUGCUUCUGCAUUGACAGUACAAUCCGAGCAAGACUUUUUUGACCGAUUGUGGCAUGAGGUUAUGGCAGUGGAAGGAUUUCCAAGUGACACACUUAAUGCUGUGUUUGGUUAUUUGGGCCAUAAUGAGAAGGAGGCAAGGAUAUUCCUGGCUAGAAACAAGACAUAUAGGGCUCAGAUGGUGAAUAGGAUUGUCUCCAAGAUACCUGGCAUUGCCUACCCUGGUAUGACUUUCCCUUGCUUGUAAUCUUUGGUUGUUUUUGGAUGGCUGUUGCCUUGACUCUUCUUGACUUUUCUGCUGUGACUUGUCAUAUGGAUGGUUCUUUUUGGAUGACAUUGCUAGUUGUAGGUACUUUCUUUUGAUGAAGUGAACCAAUCCUAACUAUCAGAUGGUCAAGUUUAUUCUCAUUUCCUUAA